AUGUCUUUAAAUCUUAAAUCAUCAUUGAUUGAGAUGCCAAUUAAGAUGCCAGUUGAUGAGAUAUCUGUUGGAAUGCUAUCAGAGUUGCUAUUCCUAAUGCCCAGUUUGUACUUUGAUGUUUCUGAUGCUGGCAGUUGUGGUACUGGUAGUUGUAAUACUGGUGGUGCUUUUGGUUGA